AGAUCUACACGAGAAGUUUGCAAAAAUACUUCACCAUGUGGAUUUAUAAAGCCUUUAUAACUGCAACACAAAGUUGCCCAUCAUUCCUCUCCGACAGCAACCGUGGCGUAGGGAGGAUUCUUCUCAACGUCAAACAAAUAUGUGUUCAAAGGCUGCAUAAUGGGCAGUCAAGCAACUUUCACUUGAUUUCACCUUCAAGAGUCUCCCUUGCAUUUGGUGAUAAGGUUCAAGUACUUCCAAAACACAAUUUCUUUUAUACCAAGGGGACAACAAAGAAUGGUCAUUUCAUGCUCAAUGUCCAAUUUUCCCGACCGUUCCAUGCCAUGUUCCUGACUUAUUGCUCCAAUAAAUUUAAUCAAUUAAAUGGAAUGAGCAGUCGUUCUCAUCGUCGCAUUGAAAUUCUCAAAGUGGAAACCGUGAAAAUACGGAAUGAAGGAACUUUCUCAAUUCAGAAUUUAAAAUCUGAACAACUUGAAAAGUUUUACAACGCGAAGAGCAGCCAGUCGAAUUAUCAUUCUGUGGACAAUGAGGAUAAUGAAAAUGACGAGGAAGACAUGGAAGAGGUAACGAAGGAAGCAAUUUGGAAUGUUGGACCAACCCCUGCUGCGUCAUUUACCUUUGCUGCAUACGCAAAUGAUUCUGAUAUUAUACAAAAAUUGGUUAAAUUGGGCGUUGAUUUGUCCAGAGUUGAACGAAAGUAUGGCACAAUGCCAUUUCUUCUGAAGCUAGAUUUUGAAAAGGACAUGGCCCCUACUAUUCGGUUCUUGACAGACAAUGGAGUCGAUCCUUCUAAGUUGGGAUGGUAUUUUACGACAAAUCCAUUUCUCUUUGGUGAAGAUUUAAUAAACUUGGAGAAGCGGUUGGAUUAUUUGAGAUUGAAAAACUUUACUCAAGAAAAUAUCUGCCGCAUAAUUAAUUGCAACCCAUUCUGGCUUGCAUUCAGUGUGACACGGAUUGAUCAGAGAUUGGGAUUUUUCCAAAGUUUUUUUCGGCUUAAUGGCACUCAGGUACGGGAGUUGGUAGUCAGUGGACCUAAAUUGAUCACCUCCAAGCUGGAUCGAGUUAAGGAUGUUACAUUCUUAGUGAAAGAAGAGAUGGGGUUUGAGCCUGACGAACUUGUGAAAAUGCUCUUAGACAAACCUAGAAUUUGGAGAGAAAAGCCAGAUUCCAUACGGAGACGAUUUGACUAUUUGCAUAACGUGGUAAAAUUUCCUCACAACGCUUUUGUUCUCUGUCCUGAGUUGUUACUUGUUCGGGAGUCAAGAUUGAAACAUCGCAUAGGAUUUCUUGAACACAUUGGGAAAGCGCAGUUCGAUCCGGAGAAACCUAAUUAUGUGUCAUUUGGAAUGAUUUAUGAAGGAGAUGACUCUACAUUCGCGAUAAAGGUAGCCAAAAGUAGUGUCUUGGAAUUUAACGAGUAUAUGAAAUGUUUGUAACCUCAUAUUAUUACAUUUCACCUAAUCAGUCAAGUCAGUAUUUUAGUUAUCAUUGUCACUUCACUUAUGUAUGUCCAAUAUGUACUACACACUCGGAAAUAGUCGGAAAUGUGAGAUAAAUUUAUACAUGUAAGAAGAAUGGCGAUUAAAACAUUAUUGUGUACGAUUCUAGAGUAACAAUAAUAAGUCGUCUCAAGUGAGAAGUGAGUUUUCCUUUACUUUACAUUGAUCAGUUAGUUUAGUUAUUAGUUUAAUUCUUAUGUUAAUAUGUGUGUAGUUGAUUACUAUUCAUAAUCAUAUAUGACAUGGAAUCACAUCAAUAACGGUUGUUUGAAAACCUUACAAUAAUAUGUUUCAUUGAUCAUCAUAUCCACGUUCAAUAACUUAAUUAUAUUUGCUACUUGAUACUGGAGUACGUAUUAGGCCUAAAGCAAUACUACACUGUCCGUUCAUGUUCAUUAAAAUUAGUCGAAUCCACCUGUUGAUGUCAGCUCGAACGAAUAUGAAAAUGAGUCCUACUGCUUAUUUCACUAAUCGUUCAUCACGAAUACAAGCUCUGAAAUAAGAUACAUGCAUCAACCACUAUACACCUAAUGUGAUAACUCUAUUAUUGUGAAUUAUGUACAUUGCUCUCUGUAUUGUAUACACUAAAUAUUAGUAUGAACGAUGACUGGUCAAUUUUAAAAGCAUUGAUUAUGAUUAAGAAUUAUGCCGAUUACUAUUUUAAUUUAAAACUUAGUUUGCAUAUAUCGGUUGCUCAUCCAGCCUAUUGUUUUACUAAAUUAUAUGUAAUACUAAUGGGAUUAGUAAUUUGUAAAAUCCACAGGUCUAGAACAUAGAGAGACAAUAUGUACGCGCAAUAGUAGCCGCUACUGCUUAUAUUCAAUAAAUGACUGAAGGAAGACACGCAACCAAUGUAA